UCUCUGUGAAAUACCUAACAAACCACGAAGUUCUCGUCUCUUUCGCUUAUGGUCCUUCGCCGAGAUGAAAUCAAAUCCGCCGGAGAACGGACCGAAAGUGGCCGGAGACGAACAGUACAUGCGUCUGACCUCCGAUGGUCCGAAGAAGACGAGAGACUUGCCCAAUGUGUCCGAAUGCCGAGCCUGCGGCUUCCGGGUCGACUCCUGCGAAGGUAAGGGGCGAAUCCGGUUACUGUACAGCGAAUGGCGUGUUGUUCUUUUGUGCAGAAAAUGCCUUGUCCGUGUAGAGUCUUCGAAGAUUUGUUCUUACUGCUUUGGAGACGCGUCAAUGGAGGAUUGUGUUCGUUGCUGUCAAUGUGAUCGAUCUUUGCAUAGUUCUUGUUUUCAGCACUACAGAACUGUGCCGGUGUGUUCUUGUAAUUCGCUCCCCGAAGUGUGCCAAAAGGAAAGGUGGAGAGAGGGGUCCGAAGAAAGGCAUCAAAUGCUUUGUUAUUGGGAUUCGCACUGUUGCUGAAUUCCAAGAUCUGCCAACCAUUAUUGUCUUUACCUGUUUGUUUUUUUAAAUUACAAAAACCAAAUAAAUAAAUAAAUUAAAAUCUCAACGAAUCCAGUGAAUAUGUUCCUUGUUCCAGAGAGAGGAACCUCAUGUUUUGGAUUCCAUUUGCCUUUCGGUCAAAACCCAUCUUUGUGUUUUAAAAUGACAAGAUAAAAAAAAAGUUAUGCAUAUUUUUGGUGUGUAGGUUCUCAUCAUUAUGGUGUCUCGUUUUUCCAGGAAAAUGGAGGAAAGUAGAAGAUGUGUAAAGAUAAUGAAAAAAAGGCCAAACAGGGGAACAUACUUUUGUUUUUUGUAUUUGUCCUAAGCUUUUCUCCCAGGCAGAGAUGAGCUCGCUGCUCUUCUCAAUGUCUCUCUAGGGGGAGAGAAGAGAGAGAGAGAGCGAGAGAGAAAGUUAAUAAAAAGCGAUUCCUGGAAAAAAGAAUUUGGGGAAAAGAAAGAAAGAAAGAAGUUGGUAAACAAUGUUGGGUUAGUGAUAGAUUUUUUUUUUUUUGAAAAAAAAAGAGAAAAAAGUCUGCGGACAGACUAGGCGAACUCUCCUUGCUGUUGGGGGAUUUUCUUCCAUAGUGUAAAAAUCCUCUGAUUCUGUUUCUUUGAGGUUUGUCUCUAUCUUGUGAUUUCUGUUUUUCGCCGCUCCUGAGGAAUCCUGGGUUUUGGUUUUUCUCUGGAUCUUCGGUAAAACCAUGAUGUUUUCAUGUCCGAAAGCUCAGAUUUAUGAGUUCUUCUUUAUCUGGGUAUUUUGAUUUCUGGGGGAAGCUCGUAACUUUUUCGAUUUCGAAUCUGAGUGGAAGGCGGUUUGUUUAGUGGUAUAUUUUUGGAGGGUGGUGGUGGUGAUUUUUAAUGGGGGUUUAAGCCUUAAGGUUGUAUUGCGGUGUUAGGGUUUCAUUCCAUCACAAAAUUGGCUACACUCAGUCCAACUCUGGAUUCCGACAAGAUGGAACUCUGAGUUCUAUGAUGAGCCGUCACGCCAUUAAUUUCCAAUCCGGAGCCGUGAACAGCACGUCUGAGAUGAUCCCGAUGGGGGUUUACUUCGGUCUGAGCAGUGGCAUGUCGGGAGCAAUCUCCGAUCUGAAUGUGACCAAUGCCGCUCCUCCUGGAUUGAUUCAAUCUGGAAACUCUUCGGCUUCUUCUCUGCUCAUGGAUCCUGUUCCCGGGCUCAAGAUAGAUUCCUCUCUGGCCAGCGAAUGGUCUGCAGAGGAACAAUACAGAUUAGUGGAAGGAUUUGAAAAGUAUAAAGACAAGCACCCAGUUAUGAAGUACAUCAAAAUCGCAGCUACUUUACCCGAAAAAACUGUUCGGGAUGUUGCCUUGCGGUGUAGGUGGAUGACGAGAAAUAGAAGAAGAGCCGAAGAACUUAAAGGUGGAAGGAAGAUUAGUUCUAGCAAGGGCAAGACGUUGGGUUUGUCUUCAAAGGUGAACUUACCUUCUACUCUGCCUCAUCACAUGGCUUCAUACCCUUUCUCAAUGCCACACCAUGCAAGCUCGAAUGAACAUAUUACGAGCAAAGAUUUAAGUGGCAAUGCCAUACGUCUCUUAGAACAGAACGUACGAGCUUUUAGUCAGAUUAGAGCUAACCUGUCCUUAUAUAAGUUACAGGAUAACCUACAACUGUUUUGCCAGACAAGGAACAACCUUAUAACCGUCGUUAACGAUAUGAGUAAUAUACCUGGCAUCAUGAGCCAUAUGCCACCAUUGCCGGUCUCAGUUAACGAGGAUCUUGCCAGUGGUGUAUUGACUAAUACCACUCUGCCAAUGUCAUUCAACACCAUAUCGAGGGGUGUCCACAUGAAGCAAGAGCCUUUGGGGUGACUGGUGGGAGGAUCUGUGGGUUCAGAUUCAGCAUACACAUUCUGGGUUUUGUCCAAAGUCUCGAAAAAUCUCCCUUACCUGUAAGUAAAUCCCUAAGAAGCCAGUGUAGAAGGAACCAACCAUUGCAAAGUUUGUAGAAAUCUGAUUCUUUCCACAGCACCAAAGACAUAUCUACGGCGGCCUGGACAUGAUAAAGAAGAAAGGUGCAGACUUUGUGCUGAGUGUUUUGACCAUCUCUGAUCUCUCUCGGGUCGUGAAGGAACGAGAAAAAAAGACGAGCUCUAGAUGAAGUUUUUACGAUGUCUGGUGUGUGGUUACAAGUUUCGCGUUUGAAACUGGAUCUGUGAUCGGUGUUUCGCUUUCAUGUCUUUGAUGUGGUCUUGUAUCAUAUUUCCACUCUUGCUGUGUACGUCCCUGUCGUCUCGGUUGUUUUGUUCUUGCCCUUAAUUUGGUACAAUUCUAAUUGUUGUACCCACAUCUUGCAGUGUCCCUUUUCAACUUUUUGUUCCAUGAA